GGUUUCUGGGGCCAAGGCGUUGAGAAUAGAUAGAGGAGGAAGUGGGGAAAGCUGGUUUUGAUCAUCAUUCCUCACUUUCCCAUUUCCUGCAACACCUUCUGCAGUUUCUGGGCGUUCGUUUUCCUUCUUCCUCUCUCUCUCUCUCUCUCUCUUCCCAAAGACGAACAAAAAGAUCAAAACCAUUUCAAAGAUGGAAACUUGUCGUCCCAGCAAGCAACAACGACAAUAAUAUCUCUCUCUCUCUCUCUCCUUGGUCUUAUUUAGCAGCGCAUGCAAUUAUUAUUACUUUGUCACAUAUAACCUCGAGAGAUUCUCAUCACUCUCCAUCUUCACUCUUCCUCUUCCAGAAGAAAUCUCUCUCUCUCUCUCUCUCUCUCUCUCUGUGCAUGGCCACCACUCACCACUUCAACUACACCUCGGCCGACCACAUCAACAUGCUUGGCCUCCGAGACGUCGUUUUCAUUGCCCCGCAGUCCUCCUUGCACCCCCAGCAACCCCAGCAACCGCCCCCCAUCUCCGACCACCACCACCCCCCGAGCUUCCACUUGCCCUCGUCGACCGCCUUAGGCGUCGGCGUCAGCAUAUUCCCGGUUCUCACCGCGACGCCCUACAAUGUCGUCGAAGACUGCGGGAACGCCAACAAUAACGGGGAGGCCAGCAACACCGCGAAUUUCUGGAGGAGAUGCGAUGAUCAGUCCAGCUUUUCCAAGAAAGACGUGUUGGGUGUCGGUGAAGACGAGAGCAACAGAGGCGAGAAGCUGGAGGAGAUUGGUGGGCUGAGCAAUAGCAAUUUGAGGGUGUGUAGGGACUGUGGGAAUAGAGCCAAGAAGGAGUGUAGUUAUAGGAGGUGCAGGACCUGUUGCAAGAGUAGAGGGUAUGAUUGCUCCACCCACGUAAGGAGCACGUGGGUGCCGGCAGCGAGGAGGCGGGAGCGGCAGAUGGCCCCGGUGGGGAUUGGCUUUGUCGGCGGUGGUGAGGGAGGAGCAGGAGGUGGCAGUGGUGGCGGCGGUUCUUCGGGGUCGUCUUCUGGAGUGAAGAGACCAAAACUAGUUGAUGGGUCAUCAAAUCACGGUGGAACUAAUGCUUCUUCAACCUCGAAUGCUACCACUCCUAGGAGCUUUGAUACUAGUUCUUGUCAUCAUCAAGAUGCUAGCUUCAAGCAGUCCUUACCGGGCCAAGUCCGUGCUCCCGCAGUUUUCAGGUGCAUUAGAGUCACUGCAAUUAGUGACAAUGCAGCUGAAUUCGCCUAUCAAGCAUCUGUUAGCAUCAGCGGGCAUGUAUUCAGGGGCUUCCUCUAUGAUCAGGGGAUCGAUGAGAAGAAUGCGUUUCCAUGUAUUUCAGAACGUCGAUUCGGAGGAGCCGCUGGCACAAGGAUCGGGGAUUCUUCUCCAAUCGUCGACCCGCCAAAUGCUUAUGCAGCAUCUGGUUGUCGCAGAUUGCUUGAAGGAUACUUUAUGAUGUGACAUUCACCACGAGGACCAUCUUAAGUGUUACAUGAUCAAGGGCAGCUAUAAUAAGAUUCUUUCUGGUCAAAUCAACUGAAAGAACAUAGCGUGCAUUCCUAAUCCAUUUAUAUUUGGAGACUGGAGUAAUGCAUGGCCAGAAGACAGUGUAACCUUUCACUUGCCCUUCUUCGCCGUUGACAAACUAGAAGGGGGCCUCCAGCUAAUGCUUGAAGAAGGAUUCUUAUGAUUCUCUAACCACUAAACUUCGAAGCGUGAUCCAUUGACUCAGUUUUUUUAUUUUUUAUUUUUUUUUCCUCAGGAAGGUGCUAUUUCCUGUGAGGAUAAGCUUUUACAGUUCUUUGCAUAUAAUUCCCAUUAACACUCGUGCUAUCCCGAUUCACUGUUAGUUCAUCUUGUAUUUUCUUCUACUUUAUUUUGGGUGUUCUCUCUCCAUUCAUACUAAGUUGAAAUAAUUCUUUC